CCAUCAGAGACCGCGGGAAGUUCAAAACGAAGGGAAGUUACUUAUUGUUUUCUUCCGACCGGCCACCUGGGAAUGGAGAUCUGAAAAGACUGAGGAGGCUAUGGCCACCAAGCAGCUGGCUCGGCAACUUGGAUUAAUUAGGAGGAAAUCCAUCAGUCCAGCUAACAAGGAUAGUCUGGGUAGAAUCAGGCCAAAGCAAUUAUUCGACUACUUAAUUAUCAUUGAUUUUGAGUCAACAUGCUGGAAUGAUGGGAAACAUCACUACAGCCAGGAGAUAAUUGAGUUUCCAGCAGUCCUUCUAAAUACAUUAACUGGAGAGAUUGAGUCUGAAUUCCAGACCUAUGUUCAGCCUGAGGAACAUCCAAUUCUUUCCAAAUUUUGUAUUGAGCUGACAGGCAUAAAACAGGCUCAAGUUGAUGAAGGAGUUCCUCUGAAGAUUUGCUUAUCACAGUUCUGCAAAUGGAUUCAUUUGAUUCAACAGCAGAAGAAGAUAACUUUUGCUCCCAGUAUUACAAAUAAUUCUGCUUCAGAAGUAAAAUCAUGUGCUUUUGUUACUUGGUCAGAUUGGGAUUUGGGGGUUUGCUUGGAGUAUGAAUGUAGACGGAAACAACUGCGAAAGCCUAUAUUCUUGAAUUCUUGGAUAGACCUCAGAGCAACUUAUAAGCUUUUCUAUAGGAGAAAGCCAAAAGGGCUAAGUGGUGCAUUGCAGGAACUGGGAAUAGAAUUCUCAGGACGAGAGCAUUCUGGAUUGGAUGAUUCUCGGAAUACUGCUCAUCUGGCCUGGCGCAUGAUCAGGGAUGGUUGCAUAAUGAAAAUUACUAAGUCUUUGGACAAAGUGCCACCUUCAAAGAAGAGUCCUGAUUAUGUUGCCAGAGCUUUAAAUCUGAAUCAAACUGAAGAUACUCCUGGACAUGAGAAUACAAUCCAGACUUCAAGAGCAGACGGUUUUUGUGAUGAUGCAAUUAACAUUGGUAAAAAUAACACAAAUCCUAAUGGAAAAAGUCAUCUAAUGUCAACUUCUAUGAGUUCUUUUGUAAAGACACAUCAAGAUUACUUACCUUCAUCAGAGAGCACCAGGAAUCUCAGUGCAGUUAAAAGUUGUUUCUCAGUUAAUGAAUCUUCUCUUCCUCUUGGGAAACUACAGCCUCCUAAUUCUUACUCACCAGGGUAUGGCCAAAACCAAAUAAAAGGUGAAUGCCUCAUUCAGCAUCCUAAAUAUAAUUCUUCAGUACUGGGUUCAGAGUUAGUGCUUGUCUCUACCACCAUUUCAUCCAUUAACAAUAUCUCUGAUACAGAUACCAGUACUAGCCUUGAUUGUUUGCCAUUGCUGACUGAUUGGGAGGAUGUCGCUUUACUGCCAGCUUCAUGUCCUGGACAAAACAUAGACUUUGCCCCUUCCACUAAUGACUCACGCCCAGGAACUGCAUUGGACCCAGGGGAAAAGUUAAUGGUUUCAAAAGAAUCAACAAUGAUAAAUUACACAGAUUUGGGAACUUUAGGAAAAGCACCACAAACUCCUGAGACAUCUAGAUCUAUUGUAUACAGAAGCCCUCAUACUACUAUUUAUAAUGUAAAAGAGUCUCCAAACCAGCCUUCAAAUGUUGAUACUUUUAAGUUACCUAACCUAAAAGUAAAUUUAUUGAACAGAACUAACACUGUUUUGUCUUCUCCUUCAACACUGGGGGAACCAAAGACUCCUUACUCUGUAGUCAUUAAAAGAAAGUCUUCUAGUCCCCAGGUUUUCUCCCCAAUUAAAAAGCAGUCUUUCAAAAUACAUGAGGAAAUGCCUGCAUUUUCUCAUUGUCUCCCAGUAAAGAAUUCAUGUCCAAAGGUUACAUCCUCUGUCUUAACCUCUACUGUCAACCUGCAAGACCCCAGGAAGAAUGGAAAAAUGACACCUCCUUUAUGUAACUGUGGCCGAAGGUCUAAAAGACUCAUUGUUUCUAAAAAUGGACCAAAUCAUGGCAAAGCUUUCUAUAGUUGUCCAGUUGGGAAAUACCAAAAGAACAGAAAGAACUGUGGUUAUUUUAAGUGGGAGCAAACACUUCAAAAGGAGAGAACCAAUGGCAUGGAUUGCUCUCUUUCCACAGUAGGGAUCAAUUAUAGAUCUCCUGGAACUUGUAAUUCUUCUACAAAUUUAAUUUUUUCUCCUAAAAAAUGUUUGAAACUCAGACCAUCUAUGAGAAACUGAAUAUUAUCUCUUUGUUUGUAAACCUUGCUUUAAUUUAAAUGGCUCCUUAAUAGAAUAAACAUAAAAAGGCAGUUAGUGCUACAGGAUUGUGAAGAAACUUACUGGGUAUUCCAGUGCCCUGUAGACUAGAGUGUGCCUGCUUAAUUAACUCUGAAGCAUUAAAGAAGUAAAUUUGAAAAUAAAUUUACUUGGAAGUGCUUAGAAAGACCUAACCCAAUCUAUAAAUUUUGGCAUUUUGAUUUUUUUUAAAGAAUCAAAUAUAUGAUAUCCUAUGGUUAUCAGUUCUUCAAUACUAUUCCUAUUUCUUCAUCUAUAAAAUCAUUUCUCAGAUUUUUAAAGUAGUAUGGUAUCUAAACAUUUUUAAAGCAGUAUCAUAUCUAAACAUCUAAAACACUUUUAUUGCCCUUUUUUGCACCAAUUCUUAGGUCAUAGAAAAUCAUAAAUAAAAUACUUUGUAGAAUAUCUUUGCUUAUAGAGUAAAUAAAAAAUGUUGUGCUGGACAUGUAAAUCUUUUAAAAUCAGAGGAGUAGAGUAUGUAGUGUACAUACACAGUACAUAGAGUGUUAGACUGAGUUGGCAGAACCCAGGUUCAAAUGUGGCUUCAGACACUUCCUAGCUGUGUUACCCUGGGCAAGUCAGGGUGACCUUGCCUACCUAGUCUUUGCUGCUUUUCAGUCUUAGAACUGUUACUAAGAGAAAAGGUAAGGUUUUUUUUUAAGAAAUUGAAUUAGUUUGAAACAAUUUUUAAAUUACUGAAUAAAAAUAAUGAUAAUGCUUACUUUGUAUUCAAUGAUAUUUUUAUUUUUGUCUUUGUUUAGUCAUUCAUUAGUGUCUGACUCUUUGUGAUUCCUUGUACCAUAUCAUGCCAAUUCUGUCCAUGGGGUAUUCUUGGCAAAGAUACUAAAAUGGUUUGCAUUUCCUUCUCCAGUAUAUUAAAGCAAAUAGAGGUUAAAUGACUUACUCAGGUUCACACAACUAGUAAGUUUCUAUGGCUAGAUCUAAAUUUAGAACUUCUUGAUUCCAGGCCCAGUGGUCUAUCCCCUGAGCUAUUUAGCUGCUCUGCUUUUAUUUUUAGAAACAUGCUAAUCCUGUGACUUAUAAAGCAAGGUUUUUAGUGAGAUAACUAAAAGCCAUGUGAGGUAGCUAUUUAUUAUUUAGAAUGAGAGGUGAAGAACUAGACUGACUUAUGGAUCUUUAUUUAAAUUACAGUUCUUCAUUUGUGUGUGUUUGCAUGCACAUGUGUUUUUUAAAUUCUUAGGAUGAUUUCUCAGAGCAGCUUAAAAGGUGAGGUUAUCGGUAACAAUCAUUUUCUUACCAUUCCUUAAACCAUUUGUGGUAGGUGAAAUCUGAAACACUUGAGGAAACAAAGGUUUGAGCUAACAAGCUGAUGGAUUUAUUAAGCAAUGCAUGCUAAUUGCAUAACAAAUAAAGACCAGGCCUCCUCAGCUUGGCACUGGACCUGGAAUAUAGGGGAAGACAGAUUUUAUGUAUUAAAAAAAAUAAUUAACAGGGUAUAAACCAGUAUACAGGACUAGAUUAUCUGAUUUCAAAUUGGAGGAAAGAUAAAGGAUUUCCCAAGUUGAGAAGAUGGAAGAGUGAAUUUCAGUCAAGUUGGGAAGGGGAAGAGUAGAUUUUGAGGUCUUUCCCAGAAUUGGGUGAUAUUGAAAUACUCAAAGUUCCAAAAUGUUAACUAUCUAGGAUCCUUAUUUUUGUGCAUUACAAAAAUAAUUCUUUACAAAAGGAUUUAUUAUAGACCUCAUUUUAAGAAUCUGGUGACUUUAAGAUCAUGUGUUUUUUGCUUUCAAUUUUUUUUUACAAAACCAUAUCUUCUUAGAAUUGACAUUAAGUAUUGUUUCUAAGGCAGAAGAGUGAUAAAAGUUGGGCAAUUGGGGUCAAGUGACUUAUCCAGGGUCACACAGCUAGUAAAUGUCUGAUGCCAAAUCUGAAUUCAGAUCUCCAGACGUAGAACUCUAUUCGUUGAGCCACAUAGCUGCCCCAGAUUCUUUGUUUUACUAGAAUUAAAUUUACACAUUUUAGGAGCACUUUUUGUUCCUGAAAUAAAAUGCAACUAUUAUUUUUACAGUAAGAUGGUAGUCAGUGAAACUAGCCGUUGUCAUAUCCCUUAGAGGGAGGAAAUGGCAAUGGAACUUGCCAGGCCUAUUAACACCACUGCAGAAGCCACUACUUUCACCUCUACAGCUUCCAUAUCCUUUUUAGACUGUAGUGGGGGGAAAAAUUAUCCACGGCACCACCCUUUUCCACUUGAGACUAUUUUCCCCAGCAUAUUGUCUAGUACAUAAUAAACUUUAACAGGUACUUGUUGACAGGUUGACAAAUCAGAAACAAUUACAAUGUUUUGUUUUACUUCAGAAUUCUACUUUGUAACAGUACUACCAUAAGAUGCUUAUAAAAUCAUGAAUUUGUAAGCGUCAUGUUAUUUUUUUUAUUUCAUGGUUAGGGUUUGCUAUGUUGCAGAAAAUACCUGGAUUUUACUGUUUUGUAAUCAAAUAAAACUAGACUUUUUCCCA